UAAAUUUGACAUGAUAUUCUAGUUACAUGUUAUUUUCAACUAAUUUAUAUAAUCUCUUCUUUAUCGUGUUAUUUUACUAGGAUAUAUUAGUAGAAAGGGACCUCGUAUGGAAAAUAAUAAUAUUUAAAGACGCGUAUAACUGACGCAUAUAUAUUUAUGAAAAGUCAAAGUUACGGUCAGCGCCAUACGUUACGCGUCUUGCUCUUGCAAGCAACUUCCGCGAAAUUCAAAGUCAUAUUUAUUUAUUCUCUUAUAUUUAAACACGAAUAACACCUUGAAAUUUCUGAAUCUCUUGAUUUCUCUUUUUCUUCAAGCCCUAAUCUCUCAUAAUUUCUUAAACAAUCGAGUUUGUGAUGAUGUCGGGUAUUCAAGGCCAGCUUCUCGAGGUCACUGUUGUUGGGUGCCAGAAAUUGAAAGACACGGAAUGGAUUUCAAGGCAAGAUCCGUACGUUGUGGUUGAGUAUAGCGGCACAAGGCACCGUACCAGAACCUGCAAAGAUGGUGGAAAAAGCGCUGUGUUCCAAGAGAAGUUUAUGUUUACUUUGCUCGAAGGCCUUAGGGAUCUUAAGGUAGCUGUCUGGAAUAGCAACUCACUCUCCGCGGAUGACUUCAUUGGGAAUGCAACGAUUCAAUUGCAGAAGGCUCUUUCUCAGGGAUUCGACGACUGUACCUGGACUCUGCAGACUAAAACUGGGAGAUAUGCCGGAGAAGUAAGACUCAUACUGCAUUACGCAGGAGCAAAGAAGCAUGAUUACGGGUCUGCGCCAUCAGCACCGUAUGCACCUCAAGUACCUCACUACUCAGCAGCGCCUUCUCCAUCUCCAUAUUCAUCAGCACCAUACUCUGGACCAUCUCUAUACCCACAAGGACCAUACUCUCAGCCGCAAUCAGCAUACCCACCAGCUUCGGCUUAUCCUCCUCAGCCAUCGGCUUAUCCUCCUCAGCCAUCUGCCUACCCUCCUCCCUCAACCUCUGCUUACCCUCCGGCUCCUUCAGGUUACCCUCAUCCUCCGCCAUCUUCAGCGUACCCUCCUUCUCCAUACCCUCCUCAACCAUCACCAUAUUACCCACAAGGUCCAUAUCCAGGACAAUUCCCGCCUCCUCCGUACUAAAGCUCCGGCGUUUAGGAUUGACGGGAAGUGGUUAUUAUGAUGUAUAGAUAUUAUUAGUGAUGCUAUUUUCUAGAAUUUGGUGACGAAUUUCUUUUGUUUUUUGUUCAUUUUAUAUAAACAUCUUCCCUGUGCGGUUGUUGGCCUUUGCAAAUUGUAGCGUAAUGGUUACUUUUUUUGCGGUGGUCAGUGAAACUCAUUGAGAAUAUUGGAUCUUUUCAUAUUUAGCCUGAUUGCAGUUUCUUUUGCAAAAACUAUUGAAUCAUUUUGUGUGUUCAUCAUCCUCGGUCAAAAUUCCUUAAGAGCUUGUGU